GGAAGGAAACCAAGGAUUUCUUUCCUUUUGCACAUCCAGAUCAUAGUGAACAUGCUGACCACAGACUGUCAUUAUAAAUAAUUGCAUUUUAUUCAACAAUUUGACUUUUGAAUUCUGGAUAUUUUGCUUUUUCGGUAUUUUAUCUAUUGUAGCUCAGUCCUAUUCAUUGCUGAUUUUAACGCUACAAACUCCUGUAAUGUGUUCCUGGGAUAAGUUUAUUCAGAAUGAUAUAUGCUAAAAAGAAACGUUUCAUAAAAAAUAAGACCUGUCUUUCUGCAUGUCAUCUGCGAUCUCCUAAUAUGGAAAAUUCAUCUCAUGAAAUGUUUUUUUUCCUCAGUACUUUGAACGACACAAAAUCAAACAAACUGAUUUAUUUUUCCUGUUCAUUUCUCAUCUAUUUGUUCACAAUUUUUGUGAAUUUGACUCUGGUUGUGUCUGUCAUGCUGGACAGAGUUCUGCAUGAGCCCAUGUACAUCUUCCUGUGUAAUCUGUGUGUCAAUGGGAUUUAUGGUGCUACAGGUUUCUACCCCAAGUUUCUCCUGGACCUCCUAUCAGACUCUCACGUUAUCUCAUACAGUGCAUGUUUAGCUCAAAUUUGUUUGGUCUACACAUAUGUGUUUUGUCAGCUUUCCAAUCUGACAGUAAUGGCUUAUGACAGGUAUGUCGCAAUAUGUAAACCCCUGAAGUAUCACCCCAUUAUGACCCCAGGAAAGGUGGGCAAAUUGCUGCUGCUACCCUGGCUGAUAUCCUUUUGUGAGACAUUAGUUGGGUAUAUUUUGAUGGCUAGGUUGCCUUUAUGUGGGUUCAAAAUUGAUAAACUAUAUUGCACCAGCUGGGAUGUGGUGAAGCUCUCCUGUGUUGACACCAGUGUGAAUAAUCUAUAUGGAUAUAUAAUACUUGUCUCUAAUUUCAUCCAAGCACUGCUGAUUGUAAUCUCCUACUUCCACAUCAUCAGGGCAUGUUUGCAAUCAAAAGCAGAACAGAACAAGUUCAUGGAGACCUGUCUGCCCCAUCUGAUCACUCUGACUACCUUCUAUGUAUCUGCGGCAUUUGAUGCCUUGUAUGCACGCUAUGGAUCCAGCAGCAGCCUGCAGGGUCUCCGUAACUUCUUCUCCAUAGAGUAUCUGAUCAUCCCUCCCCUGCUGGACCCCCUCAUUUACGGCCUCAAGCUGAAGCAGAUUCGUCGGAGCGUCUGGAGGCUGCUCAGCCGGAAAGUCAGUGCGCUGAUGUAGAUUCCAGAAUGUUCUUCCUUUCAGUAAACAAAAAUGGUGACAGACUCUAAAUUUUGUUUGAUGGACCCUUAAGCUGUAACUGUGAUGAUUUCAAAUUUAGUCAUAUUUAGGCAUGACAGGAGUUCUGUGCUAAAUGUGAGGAUCUAAUACUAAUGACAACCUCAAAUGC